CAAAUUCCCAGUCUUAAAAUAUAACAUGAAGCAUUUGCUAUCUUCUUUCCUCCUAUUAUUUUCAUGCGAGACCUGAAGAAUAAACACUGUCCUUGGCCAAAAGAAAAAGGUCUUUGAAGAGAGAAAAAAACUCUAAGAUGGGUCUACUGAGUUCUAAAAACCCACAAACCAAGCAAGCCCAGAUUCUUCUUCUGGGACUUGACUCAGCUGGGAAGUCUACCCUCCUUUACAAAUUGAAGCUUGCUAAGGAUAUCACGACCAUCCCAACAAUAGGUUUCAACGUGGAGACGAUCGAGUUGGAAAAGAGUCUUUCGCUCACGGUCUGGGAUAUUGGAGGACAGGAGAAAAUGAGAACCGUGUGGGAGCACUACUGUGAGAACACCGAUGGGCUUAUGUAUGUUGUGGAUAGUACAGACAAACAGCGGCUGGAAGACUCCAGGCGAGAGCUGAAGCACAUUUUGAAGAAUGAGCACAUUAAAAAUGUGCCUAUUGUCCUAUUAGCCAACAAACAAGAUGUGCCUGGAGCUCUGUCUGCUGAGGACAUCACUAGAAUGUUCAGAGUGAAGAAGCUGUGCAGUGACAGGAACUGGUAUGUGCAGCCCUGCUGUGCCAUCAGUGGGGACGGGCUGAUGGAGGGGUUCAGGAAACUGACCGGAUUUGUGAAAAGCCACAUGAAAUCAAGAGGAGACACCUUGGCAUUCUUCAAGCAGAACUGAGGUCCAAACAACGAAAGAGUUAGUGGUGAAGUUGAGAGGGUAAUUUUCUUUUUCAAUGCCAAGUGAGAAAAGCAAGUUGCUGAGUUAGCAAACUUUUCCUAAGAUAUGUUA